CUGGGAUCACUACUUUCAGGUCUGUAAUGAAGUUUAUUUAUGCUGGGAUUUUUUCAUUUUCUUUGCACCAAAUGCCAGAAUAGACCUGUCAGCAGUAACAGCGUGAUGUGAUUAUUUAUAUUGGGACAAUUAAAGCGUCACAGCACCAAAACCCUUACUGUAAGAGGAUUUAUUUAUAUUACUGAAAUUAAUUAUAAUAAUAUUGGUGAGUGAUCUGAAUGUCAAGACAAUUAAUGCAUAUUUAUGUGUUGUAGACAUUCAGCCUGGUUAAAGGUUAGCAUGGUUUGAUAAUCCUAAAAAGAUACGAAUAUUGCUCAAAUUAGCUUAUCAUUCACUAAGUGUAGCCAGGUUCAAACAGGUCACUCCAACCUAUGCCACUGUUUUGAUCCUUUUAUGACUAAUUCAUAACCUGUAUAAAUACCUGUCAGCAGGGGAGGGCUGGCAGCCUUAGUCCUGGGGGGCAAUCCCAGUCAAGUGGCCCAUUGGACCACCGAAUCAGCUCACCAUCCACGCCCACCUUUUCCUUGUUUUAUAACGGAUAUUGAUGUUAUGAAGCAAGACAAAUAUGAUACAAUGUGGUUUAACAUAAUUUAUUUGUAAUGGCAAAAAAUUAUGUUUAACAAAAAUAAAAUCUACAGUUUUAACAAAUGAACAAUGUAUGGGCACAAUACACUUUUUCAAAAAAUACAGAAGCCAGAGAAAGAAAUAUCUGUAUAAAACUUUUAAACUAAAUAUUUGAUCAAACGGUUAGCAAAGACCUCAUCAAGGUAGAACUUUGACGAAUAAUUUCCAAUACAUCUGGAAACUGAACCUGUUCCAGAAGAUCUCUCUCCACUGACAUGAGCAUUAGAGCAUCAAGCAGUUCUUGUCCCAUUGUGGCUCGCAGUCGGGUCUUGAUGAGUUUAAGCUUGCUGAAUGCUCUCUCACAUGACACUUGUGUAAAAGAAAGGGUCAACAGGUACUCAUAGGUGAUAGAAAGAUUUUCAUAAGCUGCAGAAUAAAGGUUGUAUUUUAUCAACAACCUGUGGCAGCAAAGAAAGCACUGCUUGCAAGAACCGCACUUUGAUUCCUUUUGUACCUCAACUAGUUUGUCAGUAGGUGGAAUCCAGUCAAUCUCCUCUUCCUCCUCCUCCUCCUCAAUAAUUAUUUCCACUUUCUGUGUCUCAUCUUCAGAAAGACAUCCUGUAAGACUUGGAAAUAAGUUGGCAAAACUUAUUAAUUCAGUUUUGAGAGAACAUUCAUUUACUUUGGCUAACUUAGAAAUUCUCUCUAGUGCCCCUCCAUCUAGCACUUUGGGAUCUGUCCUAAUUUUCUGAAAAGUGCGAGGAUCCAAGUAGUGGGAAUCCAUGACCAAUUGCUUAUUUUCUGAAAAUCUCUCCGUCAUGCUUUGUAUGAUUUGGUCCAGAAUUGGUCUGAACACACUAGCUCGAAAACAUUGCAUUUCAUCUUCAGGCCGUUCAUCAUGUGAAGAUUCUCCAGCCAAGCGUUUCUUUCGUGCCACUCUUCGAACUGGAAGCAUAGUCUCGACUUCCAAGGAGUUGAGAACAUCACUUUCAUCCAUUAACUCGUUUGUUUUUAUUGCAAAGUGUUCAGCCUUUUGUUUUAGAUUGUUGAAAUCAAUUUUCUUCAGUUGCUCCACUGCACGUUCGACCAUUUGCCAUGCUACCUUGAAGUCAAGGCCACUGGUUUGUAGAUACUUUGACACUGGCCCUAUAACAUCAAAAACCUGUAAAAAUAUGUUUGCUGUUAGGAUAAUCCUAAACUGACAAAGAUUGUGAAAAAGGGAUGAGGCCUCAGAAGUGGUUUUUGAUUCAAACAAGUUACUCUGGGAAAUUACAUAUAAAACUUCAAGGGUGUCAAAAUAAAGAGAAUGUUUUUCACCAAAAAUCCAGUUAAGGGCUUUUUCUUUUGCCCACCAUCUUGUCUCUCCAAUUUUUUGUAACUUUAAAAGUUUUUCCUGUCCAUGUCUUCUAUCCAGUUGGUCUUUCCAGAUAUUCAUUCUUUUGUGUGAGUCUCCAAUAAAGGUUGCCAAGCGAUUUAGGAGACCAAAAAAUUUUUUGGCUUCCAAUACUUGACAGCAAUCUGAGACACACAGGUUAAGGAUAUGACUAUAGCACCAAAUAUAAACCGCAUCUGGCACUACCUUUGCAAUCUGUGCACGUAGUCCCACAUACGCACUCCUCAUAUUUGCUGCACCAUCAAAUGAUUCACCAGCAAUUCUUUGGAAAUCUAAUCCAAGCAUAUCAAAACAGGACAUUAGAAGUUCGUGAAAUCCUUUUCCUGUAGCGUCUUUAACAGGGAGAAUCGCCACAAGCCGUUCUUUAAUGGCUUCAUCUUGCACAUAUCUCACAACUACUGUUGCUUGAUCUACAAUUCCAACAUCUUGUGUGGAGUCAACCUGUAUACUGAAUCGUUUCUCUCCGAUUUCAGACACAAUUAAGUUUUUCAUGCUUUGAACUAUUGCUGCAAAUACUUUCUUUAUUGUAUUAUUGGACAAAAAUGUCACAAGAGAUCCACGUCCAGUUGAAUGUUUUCCUGAUGUUUUUCUGUCUUUCAAUCGCUGUUUUCUUUUUUCACUGUCCUGAACACAUUUAUCAAGGUGAUUUUUAAGAGGAAUAUCAUACUGUGAUAGAAGUAGGACAAUUUCCAGAAAGUUCCCGUGGUUUAUUUCAAUGUUAUUUAAAUUGUACAGCGAUUCAUUAGUGCCAUGGGCACGAAAUGGCAAUCCCUGUUUUCCGAGGAGUUUUACAAUAUUAAAUAUACGGUUUAAUACCUCAAUAUUUUGUAGUAUCUCCUUCUUUCUUCUGGAGACUUGAGCCUGAUUUAAUAACGUGUCAAUGCUUCUAUUCGUUUUCAUGGUAAAAUAAGCACUAACAGCAUCAGAAUGACUUUUUGAAGAUUCGUGCUUAUUUGCUGCCUGAUAGCAAUGGCGAAAAUUAGAACAACCACUAGUGAACGAGGAAGAGGAAUUAGAAAAGGCAAUGCAUAUGCUGCAAAAAAAUGCUUCUAACUUUCGAUCCUUUAUCUUGCAACUCAGCCAUGUACGCUUAAUACGAUCCCCAUUAGACUUUUUGCGGUAAUAAAAGUCUGCUUCUUGAAAAGGAAGAUCUGCGCAUUCAGUCCUGGUUGGCUGAAAAGGGUGUUUUUCAACAAAAUUAAUUUUUUCUGCUAUGGAGCAUGCAGGAGGAAGACUAAAAGAUAUUUCUGAUGGAUCAUUUAUAACGCUUCCUGACAUGUCUUCAGAUGUGAUACAUUCUAAUUCAGGAAGGUCUUCAAAAACAUCUGGGUCAUUUAUCUGCGCUUGUUCUCUGCAUUCUGACACCAGCUCCUCCUCAAUCACCUGUUCUUCUGCUUGUGGGCUCACCUCAUCUUCGACGGACACAACCGGCCUGCUUGAAGGAGCACUUGGGCCGGCAGAAACCUCAUCAACAGGAAUUCUUGGGUGUAUACCACCAGCCUAAAACAACAUUUUUUUUUUUGUCAAACUAUUUUAAUCUCCCCAGAAAAGUUCUAGAGGUAACCAAGAAACUCCAGGAACUCCAUGCAUGGUAACAAUAAAAAAAAUAAAAAAUAAAAAACCUCAUGCAAACAAAGGAUAUACAACUCAUACUUACCUUACAUGUAAGAUUUUAUGAGAUUUCAAAUAAGUAAAAAUAUAUCUUAACAAAGUAAAACUGAUCACUAUGGAAAGUCAAGUAUGCACACUCCUUGAUAAUCCAUCAUGAAUCUUAACAAACGUAAAACUUCUUCAUGCACAUGCAAACAGACUACCGUAUAUACUCGAGAAAUUUUAGUUGUAAGCUUCAUUUUAAAACGCAGAUCCACGGGUCCAUGCUAGUUUCGAUAGAAUUUAGUUCACAUUGAAUGCGGGGCAAUAUCGAGUUACAGGUAGUGCUAGAGUACUUAGCUGUACGUUGACCCAGAUACCGGGUACACACACGGACAACAGCAGGCUGAUUUAGAAUACAGUGCAGCGAUUGCUGAUUACUGCCACCUAUCUGUACGCUUUCCACGUCACUGUUGCAGCGGUGGCUGUAAUGAGCCACAAGCAAGACCACUAGCUGGCGAGAUAACCGAAUGUGCCUUUGGAGCUGAGCGUGUGCACUGAGAUGCAGAGGAGUAGUUACCAUAACAGUUUGAUUGUUCCAGGAUCUUUGCCUAGGUAAUAUCUGACAAAAUAAUAAAAAUCCCAGGAUUUCAUAGCCCCAAGUUUUACCCUCGACUUAUCCACGAGUAAUUUUACAAUUGUUGGUCAAAAAACUGCUCUCGACUUAUAGACGAGAUCAACUUAUAGACGAGUAUAUACGGUAGAUAUAUUCAUUCUUGUUAUCAAAAGAGUGAAUAUACAUUUCUGUGACAUAAAAUGUUAGAACUAGCCUUAACUUUUGAACUUUUAACAUACCACCGAAAAAGAUAGUUUCAUUUGCUUAGGAUCCCUUCCUGCUAACUCAAGUUCUUUGGACCGUUUUUCUCUCAUUUUCUGAGCACCACCUUUCUCUUUAGAUGUUGUUUUACUCUCCAUAUUUAUCAAUAUGAAACCAACUGUAAAAUUUAUUUAACACCAAAACACGACAAUGAGCUACAUAAAAACAGCAAACAUUUACUAAUGUAGUGAUUUAACUCCUAAAUGGCAGAUCUAUACAGGGGCAUAAUCUAUACACCAAAACUGUUCCAUUAAGCAGGGGCAUGAUCUAUACACCAAAACUGCUUCAUUAAGCUAAAGUUGUUGUUUUGUUGACUAAAGUGUCCUUUUAAGUGAUUAUUUUACAAUCACUUAGCGCACACCUCAUCAUGAAAGAAGAUUGCAGAUUUAGUGUCAGCCAGGAGAGACUGGUCAGUGGUCAAUAUAUUUAUGUUUAGUCAAAAACAUAAUGGUGGCACUUUGCAAAUUGACAUGUUCGGCAAUGACACAAACAAAGGGCACGGGGAGAGACAGACAUAGUGCCUGUAAUUUACACGAAUUCUAUGCUCUGGGGACCAAUAUACAGCCUGCUUGCUGCCAGAGGUAAAAAUGUACAAAGCAGCCUGGUGUUUUACACCCAACAGACAGCAGCACCUGUCGGUAAAAGCCAAAUUAAUCAUCUUUAUAUGGACACAAAAACAAAAAUAUAAUUUCACCUGGGAAUUUGACAAAUAUAACUCAAAAAGACUAUCUGCAUCUGAUCAUUAAGUACAUAAUGAGCCUGACAACCCUGGUUUGAGAAUCAGACCGUUUUAACUUGUCCGUUAUAGCCAUGUGUUUUAAAGAAGGGGUUUCAUCUUGUAUUAGUAGUGCCACAGCAGCGGCAUGGAAGGCUUCAAUUAUAUUUUUGUACUGGGAAAGACUGCCGGCAGUAAGUUAAUAUUGGUGAAGCACUGCAGCUCUCUGAUGACACGGUUUAGGUGGCCGCGAGGCUCUUAACGAGAGGCCGUCUAAAUCGCCUAAUUAGAGAGACGCCUCUUGCCAAGAGAUCUGGUCUCUGUGCAGCAUAUCAGUGUAUCACUGAGCUCUACAGCAAUAGAACUCACAGUAAUGUGCAAUUUGUAAGUAUAUCACACAUCACUUCAUCAAUACAAUGCACAGGACUGGGCAGUGUUUGAGUAUAUCUCAGCCAAUCCACUCCUUUCCUAUAGGAAAGCAUUGAGAAGCUAUUGUGCAUGCAUGGCAAAAUGCUGCGCUGCACCAAUCAGCAGCUCCUUACAGAGAUGCAUUGAAUUAAUGAAUCGCUAUGGGGAGUGUACAGCGUGGUGCUAAUCAUCAGCGCUGCACAUUAUGCAGCACUGACCUAGAAAGCACCUCUAGCGGCCAUCUGAGGUGUGGCCACUAGAGGUGUUCCUAGGCUGUAAUGUAAACAAUGCUUUUCUCUGAUAAGGCACUGUUUACAUUAAAAUGCCUAUAGGGAAUGACUAUAUGACACCAGAUCAAAACACAUUAAAGGACCACUAUAGUGCCAGGAAAACAUACUCGUUUUCCUGGCACUCUAGUGCCCUGAGGGUGCCCCCACCCUCAGGGUCCCCCUCCCGCCGGGCUCUGGAGAGAGGAAGGGGUUUCUUCCUCUCCUCCUUCCUAGCGACGUCAUCGGGUAAAUGCGCAUGCGCGGCAGGAGCCACGCGCGCAUUCAGCCAGUUCAUAGGAAAGCAUUUACAAUGCUUUCCUAUGGACGCUGGCGUCUUCUCACUGUGAUUUUCACAGUGAGAAACACGCAAGCACCUCUAGCGGCUGUCAAUGAGACAGCCUCUAGAGGCUGGAUUAACCGUCAGUGUAAACAUAGCAGUUUCUCUGAAACUGCUAUAUUUAUAAAAAAAAGGGGUUAACCCUAGCUGGACCAGGCACCCAGACCACUUCAUUAAAGGGAAACUCCAGUGCCAGGAAAACAAUCUGUUUUCCUAGCACUGGAGGGUCCCUCUCCCUCCCACCCCUCAAUCCCCAGUUACUGAAGGGGUGAAAACUCCUUCAGUCACUUACCUGAGGCAGCGGUGAUGUCUCCUCCUCUGCGCCGCUCCUCCUCUGUAUUGCGUCGGCCGGUGGACGAGACUGAUCCCGCCCACCGGCCGAGGAGACCUAAUGCGCAUGUGCGGCAAUGCCGCGAAUGCGCUUUAGCGCUCCCCAUAGGAAAGCAUUGAAAAAUAAUUUCAAUGCUUUCCUAUGGGGAAAUGAGCGACGCUGGAGGUCCUUACACAGCGUGAGGACGUCCAGCGACGCUCUAGCACAGGUUUCCUGUGCUAUGAAGGAGGAAGUGACUUCUAGUGGCUGUCUAGUAGGCAGCCACUAGAGGUGGAGUUAACCCUGCAAGGUAAUUAUUGCGGUUUAUAAAAAAACUGCAAUAAUUACACUUGCAGGGUUAGGAGUAGUGGGAGUUGGCACCCAGACCACUCCAAUGGGCAGAAGUGGUCUGGGUGCCUGGAGUGUCCCUUUAAGCUGAAGUGGUCUGGGUGCCUAUAGUUGUUCUGGUGAUUAUAGUGUCCCUUUAAUAUUCCUGUGUACACUACUACAUUAAAACAGUAGAUUUUAUUAGCAGGGAUCAGUAUUUCUAAAUCUACAUGGCUCACUUCUUAAGUAAAAAAAAAAAAAAUUGUUAAGAUUUAAUCUGCUAAUCAAAUGUCACUUUAGUGAGAGAGAAUCCUUACAAUGAUAGAGAAAAAAAAUUGAGCAAAUUUCUAGAUUUUUAGAACACAACUUUAAUUUGCAGAUUAUUAUUUUUUUAUAAAUGUGCACAUUACAAAUAUUGUACUGUCCCCCACCCCCCCUUUAAAAAAAAAAUCUUCCUCAUUACAAGAUUUUUCUAUUUUGCAGAUUAUUAUUUUUUUUAAUAUAUAAAUGUGCACAUCAUCGCAUUUAUUGUACUUCCCACCCACCCCCUACCCCUAAAAAAAUAUCUCCCUCAUUACAAUCUUUUUUUAUUUAUUAUUUUGCAGAUUUUUAUAUUUUAUAAAUAUUCACAUUGCAUUUAUGGUACUGCCCUCCCCCCCUCCCCCUAAAAAAGUAAUAUCUCCUUCAAUACAAUCUUUUUUUAUUUUGCAGAUUAUUAUGUUUUUAUAUAAAAGUGCACAUCCUCGCAUUUAUUGUACUUCGCACCCACCCCUUAAAAAAAUCUCCCUCAUUACAAUCUUUUUUCAUUAUUUUGCAGAUUUUUAUUUUAUAUAUGUACACAUUGCAUUUAUUUUACUGCCCCCACCCCCUCCCCCUCCCCCUAAAAAAUAAUAUCUCCCUCAUUACAAUUUUUUUUAUUAUUUUGCAACCUUUUUUUUUAUAUGAACACAUUGCAUUUAAUGUCCCCCACCCCCUCCCCCUAAAAAAUAAUAUCUCCCUCAUUACAAAUUCUUUCAUUAUUUUGCAGAUUUUUAUUUUAAAUAUGUACACAUUGCAUUUAUUUUAUGGUACUGCCCCCACCCCCUCCCCCUAAAAAAUAAUAUCUCCCUCAUUACAAUAUUUUUUUAUUAUUUUGCAACCUUUUUUUUUAAUAUGAACAAAUUGCAUUUAAUGUCCCCCACACCCUCCCCCUAAAAAAUAAUAUCUCCCUCAUUACAAAUUCUUUCAUUAUUUUGCAGAUUUUUAUUUUAAAUAUGUACACAUUGCAUUUAUUUUAUGGUACUGCCCCCACCCCCCUCCCCCCUAAAAAAUAAUAUCUCCCUCAUUACAAUAUUUUUUUAUUAUUUUGCAACCUUUUUUUUUUAUAUGAACACAUUGCAUUUAAUGUUCCCCACCCCCUCCCCCUAAAAAAUAAUAUCUCCCUCAUUACAAAUUCUUUCAUUAUUUUGCAAAUUUUUAUUUUAAAUAUGUACACAUUGCAUUUAUUUUAUGGUACUGCCCCCACCCCCUCCCCCUAAAAAAUAAUAUCUCCCUCAUUACAAUAUUUUUUUUAUUAUUUUGCAACCUUUUUUUUUUAUAUGAACACAUUGCAUUUAAUGUCCCCCAACCCUUAAAAAAAAAAUUCCUUCAUUACAACUUCUUUUUGGAGACUUUUAAUUUUCUUUUAAUAUAUGAACAUAUUGAUUUACUGCCCCUUCCCCGUAAAAAAUAGUAUCUCCCUCAUUACAUAAAUUUUGCAGACUUUUCUUUUCUUUUUUAGAUGAAUGCAUUGCAUUUACUGCCCCCCAACCCCUCCCCCACCCCCUAAAAAAAUAUUUAUAUCAUUACAACUUUUUACUUUGCAGACUUUUAUUUUCUUUUAUACAGGAACAUUGAUUUGCAGUAAAGUCCCCUCAUACAGUCAAUAUAAAAAAAAAAACACUUACACUUCUGAAGAUAGUUCAAGACACUGGCAGCUGCUCUCUCAGGGCUCGGAUGCUCGAUGAAGAAAGGGUGUGAGGGUGCUCCGUUCGGGUGGAGGCUAUGCGCAUGCGCUGUUACCGGCCAUGACGUCAUGGUACGCGCUUGCGUAUGCUCGUUCAGGCGCAGGGGAGGUCAAAAGGAGGAGCCAGUUCGUCCUUCACUAUGCGGUAAUGCCGACCGCAUAGUGAAGGAUCGGAAUUUUGACCGCACGGCCGGCGGGGCUGAAGAGGCAGCUGCCUUGGUGGCCCACAGGAAGAACUGGGCCGGAGCAGCUGCCUUUAGCCCUGCGUUAAAGAUGGCCCAGCGGCCGUUUUUAACAUGCUUUAGGGCGGCCUGGGGGGCAUUUGCCUCCCUGCCCCCCGGCCCAGCCCGCCCCUGCCUGUCAGUCUAUAGUGCACUUACCUGUUGCAUUACUUUGGUAAAAGAAUGGUGGUUGUUUAAUUAAAAAAAAAAAUAAUAAUAAAAAAAUCAGAUUCAUAAAUGUCACCUUUAUUUGGUCAUAUGGCCAUAGUCCGGUUGCUCAUUUGUCAUAACUUUUCUCUCAUGAUUAUACAGACUGAGGUGAUCCACUAGGACCAGCAUACUGAUUCUUGUUGACUGCAUUCCACACUUUGGCUCUCAAGGACUCCCAUAUUAGGUAACUACAUUUUUGCAAUUACUUUCAGAGGUUUUGUUAUGACCCAUGCUGAGUGAGUGGGGGGCUAUUAAUCUGAAGGGGGGACCUAGAGACCUCCCCACCCAUAACUGGCGGGUGGGGGCCCUAAAGGAGAAUGAGGGGGGAGCCUAUUGUCCUCCCCGGCCCCCACCCCUGAGUGGUGGGUGGGGACCCUGAAUGAGAAUGUGGGGAGGGGGAGCUAUUGUCCUCCCUCCCGGCCCCCACCCAUGACCGGCGGGUGGGGGCCAUAAAUAACAAUAAGUGGGUGACAUUUAGGGCUCGGGAGGGGGGUACUAGGGUUUUUUUUUUUUUACAGUGGAUGCUCACUUUUUAAUAGACAUGCCCCUACUCGCGGUAUAGUGCGUAGGGGAAGAAUUUACUAAUACUAAGUAAUCUUUACUUAGUAUUAGUAAAUUUGGCUGAAAGACCAAUUCAGGUCUUUCAGCCUUUUGAUAGCUCCCUAAUACCGUGGGAAUUAUGGAGCUAUCUACUAAGCGGCUGCAAGAUGCAGCCACGGCACGAAUAGGAUCGGAGUUUCAUUUGUUCAAAUGAAAUUCUGUUAUGAACAAAGUCCCGAAAUGCAUCUUCACAUAAAUGAACAAGCUGUUCUCAUUCUGUUAGGACCCAAUUUGGAAGUUUCGCCGGCAUUCUGUCUAAGUGACAGGACGUUAGGGAAAAGUGAAAGGAAGCAUUGCGGGAACAGUGAGGAAAGGUAAGAAUUGUGGGAAAAUUUUCUUCUACCACCGGAAAUGAAGCACACUUUGCUCCUCCGCUGGUCAGAGAUGGUCAGGCGUAGGAAACCUUCAUAAGACAAAUAGUCCCUACUUUGUCUUAUGUUUUAAAGAAAACUAGAGCAGACAGGAAGAAAUGAAGAACAGAUCCUGAGAGGGAGAGAAGAGGAAUCAAUUAAAGGACCACCAUAGUGCCAGGAAAACAACACUCGUUUUCCCGGCACUAUAGUGCCAUGAGGGUGGCCCCACCCUCAGGGACCCCCUCCCGCCCGGCUCUGGGGAGAGGAAACAGUUAAAAGUUACCUUUUUUCCAGCGCCGGGCGGGGAGCUCUCCUCUUCCUCUCCUCCCUUUCAGCUGAAUGCGCACGUGCGGCAAGAGCUGCGCGCGCAUUCAGCCGGUCUCAUAGGAAAGCAUUUACAAUGCUUUCCUGAGGACGCUUGCGUGUUCUCACUGUGAUUUUCACAGUGAGAAUCAUGCAAACGCCCCUAGUGGCUGUCAAUGAGACAGCCACUAGCGGCUUUAGAGGCUGGAUUAACCCUAUUAUAAACAUAGCAGUUUCUCUGAAACUGCUAUGGGGGACCUGGCACCCAGACCACUUCAUUAAGCUGAAGUGGUUUGGGUGCCUAGAGUGGUCCUUUAAAGAAAGAUAAAUUCGGCAUGACAGUGCCACUUUAAUGUGACAGAGUCUAAGAACAACUGCCAGAGAGACAUAUAUCCACAAAUUAUAUACAGUAUAUUUUAAUUAAUUUUCAGCCAUUUAUUCUAAUAUCCUUGUGACUUUCCUGCACCCCCCUCCUCCAACUUGUUCCCAACCCAUUGUUGCUGAUUUUAUCCCUCUUGGAUUCAUCUAUUAGUCCAUUUGGAUUUGAAACCCUGGUUGAGUCCUGUUUUCCAAUUGGUACACUAUGCUGUGUUCUAAUUUUUGUUUUGUUUCUACAUUCAUUAUAUUUGCCUUGUGUUCUCUCAAUAAAGUGAGUUAUUUUACAUUCAGUGGACCAGAUCCGUCUGUUACUGUACGAACAAAACGUUGCACUUUGUACUAAAGUUUUUGAAAUGUCAAAAAUAGUCUGAAUAUGACUUAUUUAGAGCUGUCAUUAUAUUGAGAGGUACAUUUGAGUGGUAACCAAGUGAUUGAUGAGGCUUGAUGCAUUAAUGCACCGAAUCCAGCUAAAAAUAUAUAUAUUUUUUUUCUUUGUGUGUUAAGGUGCUACAUUGCAAUGCCAGUCUCUUGUGCUGCAUCUGGAUGCAAGUCCAGGUAUACUUUGGAGGCCAGGAAGAAGGGUAUAACCUUUCACAGGUAACUUUCAGUUUAUAUUUAUAUGUAUCACAUUCUGACUCUACCACUAGGUAUGCCUCAUUGUGACAGAUAUUUUAAAUUUGGGUUAUUUACUAAAUGUAAUAUUGUGCAAAAUAGACUACGGAGGAGAGAAUUUUAGUCCAAGACAGCUAAACUGGAAAAUGUCCUAUUUAUCUGUUUGUCCAGCUUGGCUAUCCCAUUGUCGUUGUCUACAUAUCCCAAUUUAGUUUUUUUUUUCUCUAAACCCUCCCUUUGAACAAUCUCAUAAUAUGAUGUGCCUCUUGUAAAUAUAAUUUGUCAAAGCAAUAUGAACAGGCUUGUUACAUACAGGUCAAUAUUUUUCUUGCUUUUUCGUUUUGACUAUAUGCCUCUAUCUAGAGUUAAAUCUUCCAGGUAGUGAAACAUGGAGGAGCACUCACCAAGAAGCUCCUAUCAUAGGGUACAAGGACUCCCCUCACUGCCAGAACGGUAGCAAAUCCAGUAAACAAAUUAUUUCCAGCACUCCUUAUGAAUCAAUAUCCCUUUAUUUUAAACUCUUGUACAGCAAUGUUUUGAUACGUAUGUCUUUAUCAAGCAAGCUUAAUAAAGACUUAUGUGUUGAAACUUCGCUAUAUAUAAAUUGAAAAUAAACGGGUAUUUAUUUAUAAGAAGUCCUGGACACUGUUUCAUUUUUUUUUUUAAAGGUGUAACUGCAUUUUUUAUAUGACAUGCUUUUCUUACAAGACUUUGUUUCCUUUAAAUCUUGUCACAAUUGGACUAGUCUUGAAUAAGGUUAAUAUGGAUUUACCUACAGAAUUAUCUUGCUUUGCUGUUGCGUGUUCAAUAAUUGGUAAAUACAUGCUUUGUCUAUUGUGUAUUGCUAUGUGUUGUAAUUCACCUCUUCAGUGCUGCAGAAGUGGAAUUGUGCUAUAUAAUUUUGUUGGCAUUUUCAGUAGCCAUUACUUAAUGGUGCUACUAAGGUUGAAAUAAUCUUUUUAUCUUUAAGAUUUCCAAGGUCCAAUCCUACUUUAUUGGAUAAAUGGAGGGUAGCCAUGAAAAGAGCUACUAGCACAGGGGAGCUAUGGAUGCCCUCUCGCUACCAGAGGCUUUGUAGCUUACACUUUAAGCAGAGUUGCUUCGACACCACUGGCCAAACAAAAAGGCUUCGUGAUGAUGUCAUACCCAGCAUCUUUAAUUUUACAGAUGACAUAAAGGUAAAUUCUUUAAUACUUGUUAUCAUUGCAACUUUUUUGCAUUGUCACAGUCUAUACACUGACUUUCUAUGACCUGUUCAAAUUUUAACCUCUGUAUAAGGGCAGGCUAUUUGAUGGAAAUGAGAAAAUAGGGUGAACAGUUAUUGGCGAAAUAGGGUUCUACUGUAUAGUUGACCUGUAUGUUGAGAGAUAAAUGUUCUUAACAUUUAAACUCUUGCAAUUACAGACUAAUUAGUAUUCAUGUUUAUAAAAUAAUGUUUCACAUCAAUACAACACAACUGAUUCUAAAUUAAAUAAUUAUUCUGCAUAUGUGAGUGUUUAAAGGGACACUGUAGUCAUCAGAACCACUAAAGCUUAAUAUAAUUGUUCUGGUGUCUAUAGCCUGUCCCUGCAGGUUUUUUAAUACAAACACUUCGGAAAGGCAGUAUUUACAUUGCUGCCUAGGAACACCUCUAGUGACAGUCACACAGACGGCCACCAGAAGUAAAUCCUAGUUCCAGCGCUGGCAUUCAGUGUCUGCAUGGAAGCGCUGAAUGUUCCCCAUAGAGAUGCAUUGAGUUAAUCAAUUUUGCUGCGCAUGUGCAAUAGUUUUUGAUUGGCUGAAAUCAGCAAGUUUGAUCUCAGCCAUGGAGGCAGAGCAAGAGGGGGAAAAAGGAGAGUUUAAACACAUUUUUACUGUGAUCUGAGGGCAGCCGGGGACCUAAAUAGGUAAUUAACACUAUAUUGUUGGAAAUAAAUGUUUAUAUUCCUGACAUUAUAGUUUACUUUAAUUGGUGUUUUGCUAUUUUCUCCUAAACAUCAAUUAGAACACAAUAGAGCUUUUUCAUAACUAUCUGCAAAACAUGUCUCUAAAUCACCACUGUUUAUUCCCUACCAAAAGACAGAAAUUCCCGAAAAAGAUCCAAUGCCUGCCACCAGUGAGCCCACGGAGCCAGAGGUGGCAACUAUGGCCAAAGCAGUUCAGACCUUACCAGCAAAUAAGGAAGCCAUUAAUAACUGCAUACAGCUACAGGUACUUACAUUUGGCAUCUCACAGUAUAUUGGUUAUCACAUUAUUUUAUUAUUUAUUUUUAAUAUCAAGCAGAGUGAUUGCGAAUGAAUAAAUGAAAAAUAACUCCAAGAUUAACCUACUUGCAUACAGUUGUAUGCUACAAAUCUAAAUGUUGCAUGGCUACUUGCUAAUCAUCAUGGUAGCACACAGAUGUAGUAUGUGCUGUCAAAACAACCAAGCACAAAGCAAGCUACAGCUAAAAUAUUUAAUUGAUAAAUUAAUUCGGGAGUCAACAAACAUAGAAAAUUAUUAUAUACAUUCCAUUUUUAAAUACCCUCAAUCAGACCUUAUUGUCCACCUAUAUAGCCAACAAGAAGCCAGAUCGCUGUUUUACAGUCUUAUUUGCUUAACCUGUUGAAUCUUUAGCCAGUUUAAUUUACUGUUUUGUUUUUCUUCUUCUAGGAUCAUCUCUAUUUCACCCCUGAUGUUGAAACUUUGAAAAAAAAGUUGCAGGCUUCAGAGUAUUCAAGAGCACAGAAAGAAAAAGAAUUAAGGAAUGCAAAAGAGCGAGAAAAGCGCCUACGGCAGACUUGCCCAACUAUCUAUAGGGCUCUCCGCAAGAGAAAACUUCUUAGCCCACAACUUCAAGAAAAGCUUCAGCAGUAUGGAGGUACCGUAUUGCAUAAUACUGUAUCAUCAUUGACCACCUGCCUACAUUAUAGUCAGGAAUGUUUGUGUGGUUUUUUUUUUUCAUGGAGAUGCCCAUGAGUUUCAUCUAGUUCUAUGGGCUCCUACAGACUCCUCACAAAAAAUAGUUAACUUUUAAGGUAUAUUAUUUGAUUCUUUGCAGUGCUGUUCAUAAGCGCUAUGCUUUGCAAUUCUGCACUGCUGGCUUCAGGAUUAAGUUAAUGCUAGAAAGGAUGGUUGGACUUUUUUUUUAUUGAGUGUUUAGGGUUCUGGAGCUGAAGCUAUCAUUUGCCUUUCCUUUGAUGUUGGUGCGUGAGUUAAACACAAAAUAUAAAAAAGCAGAAUCCAUUAAAUAGCUUUUGUUUAUGAAAGAUACAAAACAAGAAUAUAAAGGAGGACUUCACAAUCAGGUUUUUCUUUUUAUUAGAUAUUCCCUUGGAUCUAUUCAAAAAACCUGUAUCUGAGUACUCUGCACAGCAGCGUCUGUUUUCUCUGACUUUACAGCUUCACGAUCCAUCUUCCUACAGAUACAUAGGAAAUGGAUUUAAAGUGCCCUUACCAAGGCCACGGAAACUCCGCCAGUAAGUAUUGGUCUGCACAAUAGCUGGCAUAAAAAAAUGAAAUGCAUGCUAAAUACGUGUGUAUCCGUGUACAGUGCUUUAUUAAAUUGCUUUUAUUUCUUUCAUUUUACAGCUAUUACAUGGCCGCACAUUUUUAUUCUUUUUGUUUUCAUUCCUCCUGCUUUUCUACCUCAAAAUAAAAUGUCUAACCCCCUUAUUGCCUUACAUUUAAAUUUUUUUUUUUUUUUUUAAACUACAUGCAAGUUUCAUAGAGGAGCUACUUAACUGCUUUGGGUGAUGCUUAAAAGUACACUACAAGCACCAUCACCACUACAGCCCACGUACGAAAAUUCAGGGCAGUUUUUAGGUAAAUUGCUUAAUUAAUAUUUGUUACACUUCACCUACUAUUAAAUGGAGAAAAACAAAUAAAAAUAUCAAAUAGCAAUAUGUCCAAUGUCAUUUUAAUCAGGUGCAAACUUCUGUAUAACAACUCUCUGCAAUUAAAAUGUUAGUUUUGAAUACAUUUUAAUAAUUCAUUGUGUGCUCUUCUGCAUAUCUAGGUGGCUUAAGACAGAUUGCGAUAAACCAGCUUUCAAUUCCUUAGUUUUGGAGGCAUUGCUGAAAAAGAAAGAAGAGCAUCCAGAGGUCUAUUCCUUGGCAACUCUAGUAGUUGAUACAAUGUCCAUUCAACAACAUGUCACAUUUGAUUCGCAACAGAAUGAACUUGUUGGUUUUGUGAACUUGGGAAAAAGUUCAGCAGCUGGUGGGAGCCAAGAGGUAGCCGAUGAAACACUAAUGUUCAUGUUGGAAGGAACUGUCGGUAACUGGGAAGCUCCUAUUGCCUAUUUCUUUGUGAAAUCUUUAACUGCUGAAGCCCAAAAGCAACUCCUUUUACAUGUUCUUCAUGAACUCUGGGAUAAUGACAUUGUGGUAGAUGUCAUCGCAAUGGAUAGAAACCUCCGUAACCAAGAAAUGUGCUCUCUGCUUGGUUGUGACUUCUCUGAUGCCAAGCAUCUCCAAACCCACUUUUAUUUGCCCAACAGUGACAGAAAACAUUAUAUAGUCUUCAGUGUCCACCAAGAGCUAAAGUUGGUCACAGAUAUGCUACAGGAGACUGGCAGCAUACAGAGUUCUGAUGGACUAGUACUAUGGAAGUACAUCGAUGAUAUAUUGAACUUAGAAAAACUGCAAAUUCUGCUUCCUGUAGAAAUGAUCACUCAACUGAUAAAGAUUAAAUUGACUCUGACCAAGCUUAGUUAUUCGGUUGCAAAUGCUCUCUCAAUGCUACAGGAAUUAAAAUCUGAAAAGUUUGCGGAGUCUACAGCAACAAUAAAAUUUAUUCAGGUUUGUUUUAUGCAGAUUUUUAUAAACCAUCUUCAAUUUAAAUAGGUUAGUAAAAUAUGGAGCUUAAUAUAGGCAAAAGCACAUUUAAAUGUGUUUCAUCAUAAUAUUUUUAACACACCACAUACUUCAGAUUGUGAAUACUGCUGCAGAAAACGUAUAAAGCCUUCAAGGUUAAUGAAAUGGCACUAUAGUCACAAAAACAACUUAAUAGAGCAUUUGUUUGUACAGCCCUAGGCACACCUCCCUGCAUGUGACUUACAGCUUUCCUAAACACUUCCUGUAAAUACACUUUACACUUCCUUUAUUACAAAUUCUGCUUAAUUUAGAAAAAAAAAAUCUUCUGCUCUGUUAAUAGCUUGCAAGACCCUGCAGGACCACCCUGCAUGUAAUUAAAGUAAAAAUAAAACAAUUUUAAUUUAGUGCAGGCUGCAUCAGUCACAGCCAGGGGAGGUGUGGCUAGGGCUGCAUAAGCAGAAACAAAAGUGACUUAAAUCCAAAAUGUAAGCGAAUUGAGCAGUGACAUUGCAGGGGCAUGAUCUACACACAAACGGCUUAAUUAAGCUAAAGUUGUUUUGGUGACUUAAGUGUCCCUUUAUGGUUCUGUUUAAAUUGAAAAAAUUCUAGUCAGAGUUUGUUGCAUAUUUCUCCAAUUUCUUUGGAUUUCUUGUUUUUAAAACUUGCCUUCAAAGCUCAUACAGCUACUACUAAAGCACUUCACUGCAGGAUAAAACCACCAUAUUAGUAUCUUAUAAAAUUCUGAACUACAGAAGUUUAUCGGAUAAGUAAUUCACGUAAUUGAAAAACGGGCAUAUGUUUCUCAAGCCAUUUUGUGAAUGGGAAGAUACUGAUUAGUAGCUCAGAGCAUCAGCUGACCGCUGGAAGUCAAUCAUUAGCACUGGGCUUUCCAUUUUGAAAAUUUUCAGAAAGGUCAUGUUGGAAGGAGUAGAGCGAUACAUUGCUGGAGAGUAGAAUCAGGGGCUAAACCGGUUAUUAACAGUUUAACACCUAAAGAUAAGCCAGAGACUUCCUGGUGCUGUAACAACUUCAUUUCCAUGAAGUUGAUAUGGUGCCCGAAGUGUUACUUUUUAAGCUGCUUUGAGCUUGUACAAAGCCAGUUUUUGUGAAUGGAGCUGUGUGCAGAACUCUCCUAAGCCGUCUCACUACACGUGCUACUUGCGCAGAGUUUCUAUACCACAUGCACAAGUUUGACAGAUCUUGGGCAACAAAAGUAAAAUUUCUCAAUUGACCUCACUGAUCCAAGAGACAGAAAAUGGUGCUUUAUUAUUUAUUUAUUUUUAUAAACCCUGUUAUUAAACAAAUUGUGCAGGGAUCUGGGAGAAGUAUUGUAAUUAUGUUCGAGUAACAGCAAAGUUCUGAGCUUAAAGGAACACUAUAGGGUCACGAACACAAAUAUGUAUUCCUGAUCCUAUAGUAUUAAAACCAACAUCUAGCCCCUCUAAAUAUAGCAAAGUCUUACCAUUAUUACAGUCUGCUGCUGGCUCUGCCCCUGAUCUGCCUGCUUAGCUGACUUCAUCAGAAGUUGUUUUCUGAGCCAAUUACAAUGCCUUUUACCUUAGGAAAGCAUUGGAUUGUCUGAGACUGUCAAGGAGGCAGAUCAUGGGCAGAGCCAGCACAAGCCAAACACAACCCUGACCAAACCGCAUAUUUUCCUAGAAAUGCAUUGAUUCAAUGCAUCUCUAUGAGGAAUGUUCCAUACAGAGUACGGAGCACUGCCCCAGGAAGCACCUCGAGUUGCCAGUUGAAGUAGGCUGUAAUGUAAACACUUCAUUUUCUCUGAAAGGACAGCGUUGACUGCAAAAAGUCUACAGGGACUGACUAUCAUUACCAGAACAAAUACAGUAAACUGUAAUUGUUCUGGUGACUAUAGUGUCCCUUUAAGAAACAGCCAGAUCAACCCUAUGGGGCUUUAAUAUCAAAGUUUAUACUAGCAACUACUCCUCACUCCUAGAUUUUGUGAAUUCUGUCAAGUAUCUGUACUCUCUUCCAUUCUUCUCUGUUGUACUAAGCAUUGAUAGAAUGGAAGUGUCCCCCCCACCCCACCUAUUACUUUUACUUUGUAAUUGAUGCUUGCUACCUGUAUGUGGUAAGGCAGAACUGUGGUUACUGUAUUAGCAUUUUGGAAUACAAUAGUUUUUUACGAUAACCAAUCGAUUACACUGAUUGUAAACCGGUACAAUUAAUUUGAAUUAAUUUAAGAUGUCUAAUCCUCAUUGUCAUUACUAUGUCAUUUUACAGGUUGUUCAUCAGCUGUUCAGUAUUUUAUGUAGCAGCAGUUCCAAAGGAAGGAGAGACAAUGGACCUAUUGAUUCUAUCAACCUAAAAGAAACAUUGCAUGUCCUGCAGACGACUAAGGAAUACCUUUUGAGUUUGACUAUUACUGAUAAUUACCCUGUCUAUCAAAGCUCCAGGUAAGAUAUUCUUUAAACACACUGGUCAUAGAAAAGGAAGAUCACUGAAAAUGUUGCAUUUUAAAAGGUAGAACUAAAUGGUGUCAUCCUUACAUUGGUAACCACAAGAAGAGGGAUGUCUGACCAUCAAAGAAUGUAAUACAGGAAACCACAGCAAGAAAAAUGUUCUGCCAACAUUAUUCACCAAACUAAGAAGCUGAGUUUCGAGAGAAUUUUAUUGGUUUUAAGAAGCAAUUAGGCAACAUGCAAACUUGCAGAACAGUGCCGAAAUGAUAGAUUUUGAAUGAGAUUUAAUUUGUAAAAAAAAAAAAAAAAAAUACUAUGCUUCGUCGUCUUGGCUUUAUUGUAAGGCAUUCCGGUAUGAAAAUUCAAAGAAUUAAAGUGCUUUCAAGAUUGUGCAAUAUCCUAGUAAUUGUUGAUAUUGAUUGUAAGAUGUAGAGAAGACUGGGGGGGGAGGAGGGUGGUGGUGGUGGUGGUGGUGGUGGGGGUGUGUGUGUGUGUGUGUUUUUUCUCUCCCGAUAGAAAUAUAGCUAGGUUCCGUAAUAUGGUCUGAGCAUUAUAUAUAAAUGGAGAGUUUAUCUGGUGGGUGAGAAGGAUUUCGUUUUCAGGAUAUAGCUCGUGGGAGAAAAUAUAUUUAGUUUUUUUCUUUUCUUUAGUCCUCUCCUGAUUAUUGCUAUUAGAGAAAGAUAUCAUGCUUUAGUGCUUCAAAACUGCUUUCUUACAUUUUGCAAACUCUUUGAGAAACGAGCUCUUCUGCCUUAUAACUGUGUACAAAGUGAGAGUAGAUAAUCAUUUAUUAGAAGCUUAUAGAGUGUGAACAUCAUAUGAAAAAUUGUUCUGCAAACUGGGGAUCGACCAAUAUAAUUUUUUUUGAUGACUGGUGCUUGUAUAUUCUGUAUGUUUUAAAGUUUUGAAAAAGUAACGCAAUUUUUACAAAAAUCUGACAAUAACUGAACAUGAUGACUACAGUCAUCCUACUAUUAUUCGCAAACAGUCAGUACAUGCUGGGAUCAGUGAGAUCCCGGCAUGUAAAGUGCAAUUACAUUCAUUUUACUCUCUCAGCCAGCCCUGUAUAUUACAGCACCCCUCACACCAAUCCUUUCUGUGAGUCUCCGCAUGCAGAGCACAGCUGAAGGCAGAGAGACGAGACCGUGAAUAAUUACCUCCAUGCCUUCAGAUGUGCUCCGCAUGUGGGGACUCACAGAAAGGGGUGAUGUGAGGUGACGACAUGGUGCUUCAUUGACUUCAGCUAAAGUUUCCGAAUUCAGAAGACAGCGUGUGAGUCUGGGAAAGGUGAGUAAGUUAUUGGUAAAUUACAAGACCGAUACAGAUUAUCUGUAAAUUGCUGAAUAUUUGCUACAAUAAUCAGUUUAUCCCUUCUGCAAACAUAAACUUGAAUGUUAUCUCGUAUUACCAACGUUAUAGUUUUCUAGAUGAGUACAUUUUAAAAAAAAAAUUUUUUUCACAUUCUUUAUUUAUUCGUUUAGGUAUAAAUGGUACAGCACAUUGUUAGCCUUACAUAAAGACAUAACAGGAACCGUAACAGCGAGGAUACAACUUUGCCACCGACAUGGCCACAAAUCUAGGACGGCAGUGUAACUCAUGAGGUGCAUGCAAUAUGCAGGCGGCUCAGCUGUCGCUCCAGCAGUGUCAAACGGGAGCUCGUAUCCUGUAUUGUCUCCUCUGUCCUACCCUUGUUGGCUAGUCUGAUGGGUCGGCCUACGUCCAGGAGCCUUAGUAAUGUCAACCUAACCUCAUGACUGGUGUGGUGAUGUGUGCGAGGGGUGCCCUUUGGCAGAUCCGAACCCUAAUAGAGCCCUAUAGUCUUAGGCUAGUGUCCGCAAGGAACCGUGUUGAGCGUUUUUUUUUUAUCUGAUUAGUGCGUUAGGAGUAGCUCGACAAGAAGUGUCUGGCUAGGAGAGCUGGAGGGACACAUCCUCCUCAUCGGGUUAGUGUGGCUAGGAUGAGUACAUUUUUACGGUUUAGUUCUUUGUUUUUGGUGUGGGUGUAUGUUUUUGUUUGUUUGUUUUGUGGGGGGUUUUGUAACACUUCGCAAAAACCACAAAUGACUAUUUUCCUUGUUCUUUAUGUAUUUUCAGAGGAUGGUAUAUACUUGGUUUCAUUGCAAAUAUCACGUCAUUUACAGCAUUGCUCCCAUAUUUACUGCAGUACAAGGAUUGUAUUUUGACACAUAGAUUCAGCACCGAACGCCUGAAAAUGUUUUUCAACAGUAUCAGAAAAACAGGUAAAUCUAUCGACUCUUCUAGGAAGCUCAGUCAAUGUUUGUACAACUUCAUGUAUGUUAUCUUUACAAGUGUCCUGGCCUCUACUGCAUUCAUUUCAUUUAGCUGUUAAAAGGGCUGAUGUCCGUAUCAAAUGUCUUCUUAUAAAUGCAUUAAAACCAUUUAAAUUAAGAUUAGUAUCAAUGUUUAUCGUAUCAUACUGUAAUAAAUAUGGUUAGCAUUUCCUCUUGAAGCAAUGUCUGUAUUUCAGUGUGGAGGUGACCAUUUUGGAAUAGUAUGAUAAUUAUUCAAGCCUGUAGUAACAGUUACUGGAAAGUUACACUGCAGAGAGAUGUGAUGCUGGAAUGCUCACAGCUACAUUUUGUUCCCCCAUGUUUUUUAGUCCUCUUCCUAACCUUACAUGCUCUAAACUUUGUAAUCUAAGAUAGUGGAUGAUCUCAUUCUCUGUCUUUCUUUAGGUCAGUCAGAUGAAAGUCCUACAGCCCUUGAAGUCAAGCUUGCAGUACAGCAGCGGUUGUGCCAGUGCGGCCUGUUGAACAUUAAUAAACAAAAUCAUCCAGUGACAAGUGAAAUCAGCUUUGUUCAUGUUGCUGGAGAUCCGGCUCCUUCCAUCUAUACUCCAGGUUUAGAAUCGCCAUUUGAAGAGAAUAGCAUCAUGCUACCGGACCAUUUCUACGGAUCACGCAUACUGGACACAAUACUUCACAAUGCACAGACGUAUAUUGCAGGCUGGGUGGUGCAGAAAGCAUUCAGUCAGCUUUCUUGUACCCAGUGCAGAUGUGCUCUAGUGACAUCACAUAUCCCACAGAAUUUAAAAAAAGCUUAUCAUUUGUUGAAGCUGAAGCAUGGGAGAGUUUAUUUUGUACCAUCAGAGGGAACUAACAAAAUUGUAGAAACAGCAGAAAAGGAACUUAAUAACUUGUUAAAUAACGAUCAGUGCGAUCCUAGAAAUUACUGUUUUCUGCUGCAGCAUCAUGUACUGUCUUCACUGGGCUCAAAUGAUAUCUUUAACUUUAAUAUGCACAUUAUAGAAACCGAGAUCGGAAUUGAUAAUCACUACUUUCAGCUUCUACGGAUGGUCACAACUCUUUACUAUGAAUUACGUCAACCUUAUAUCGCUAAAUUAAUGCAAAGAAAGCAUUAUAAAGCACAUGUGAAACAUAUACUAACUCAACCUGUCCAUGUGUUCGCUGAAGAAUAUCAAUCCAAUACAUGAAAACAAGCUGUUCUGCCUUAUAAAGAUAACUAUAUACAAAGUGACAGAGUAUAUAACACUACGAACUCUUAUUUAUCUGGAUAUUUGUAUAUUUAUUUAAAGAAGACUUCUUCAUAUACUGAAACUCUUUUUUUCCCUACUUUUAGUAUUUAACACAAAAAAAUGUACAAUCAAAUUUAUGGGAACAAGGACAACAUUUAACCAACUUUGACCUUUUUGAUUGGAUUUAUCACCUGUUAUGUGCUUUAGAGAUCCAGUGCCAAUAAAAAAAACAAAAAACUUUUAUAUAGAGAAUUCAGUGCAAUACUGUAAUGUGACUACUACUUGGAAGUGGUAUGGAAAAUGUGACAGUAACUAUACUUUACAGAAAUAUGGAAACAUUUAGAAAUAAAGCAAUCAAGAACGAAAUGUCUAAAUGUUCAACACAUUUAUCAGUUUUUAUAUAGAGUUCUGAGAAUUAUCGUGUGUGUGUGUCAACCAAUAUGGCUCAAAGCUUACCAUCUAGGAAGUAGAUUUGUCUAUCUUGAUUGACUUGCUUUUG